UGAAUUUUUUCAUUUAGGGACAAUUUCAACAUUUCACUCCUAAUUUAUCUCAAAACUGAAACUUUUUAAAGAGUGAUCUUUAGCCCCUAAAAAAUGUCAUUCCCCCAAGGAAUUUGGAUAUUGGAUUGGAGAGUUUGUUCUUCACUUCGUAUAAACCCUCAACUGAAGUUCUUAUCAUAUCUUAAACCCCAGUAUCUUUCAUCUUGAUAUUCAUUCCUCUCAGUUCUCUCCAGUGCGUUUGUGACUUCGUAAGAGCUCGAGAAUUUGGACCAGGGAGCCCCAAACAUCUUUAGCCAGAGCUUUUUCCCUGUUUUCUGUUUGCAACCCAGUUAUGAAUUGUUGUUGCAUUGCAUCUUGUAACUCUGAAGAAAGGAGAAAGUGGAAUUGGGAUUAAUUUAUUAGCUCCGAUUCCCCCCCUGGGUUUGUUUUUGCUGUCUCUUUGUUACCAUUUGGGUGUUUCCUGUUUAGUUUUAAUGGAUGUCUCUUCGUGCUGUGAAUCCGAUACCUACAGAUGAAGUUAGCGAGGGGAUGUGUGUAUAAAGAAAGAUUAUUGAGAGAAAAUAUGUGUCUGGAAAUAUGAUAAGGAGAGAGUUUGUACGAAGAAAUUGGUAUACUUGGUGUAGGAGUGUAUAAUGAUAAGAUAGUUAGAGCCAAUUUGAUCAUAACUCACCCAGUUUAGGCACAUGUUCUCGACCAAGAGAUCAGAUGAUGUUUGAAUUUUCCAACCCCACAUAUUGUUGAGGUCAAAAUAAGAAAGCUAGUGAGAGAAUGCAUGUGAUGAGAAAGAUUAGUGAGAAAGGGUCUGUAGAGACAAAUUAGUUAAUAAAUGAAGUGUCUAAGCCUGGUCUGUGGAAGUACUUAUUAUCAGUUUCUUAUUUGAGACACAUUGUUUUGAUUAUCUUGUGAAGUGUUUCUGAAUUUUUAAAGCUCCGUUGAUGACCGUUUGAUUUUUGGUUUUUAGUUUUUGAUAAUUAAGCCCUAUAAACACCCUUUUCCUCUAAUUUUUUUACUUUAUUAUCUACAUUCUACCAAUGUUCUUAAAAACCAAGCUAAACAAAGUAGUUUUUAAAAACUUGUUAUUAUUUUUGGACUUUGGCUAAGAAUCAAACUCUUUUUACUUAAGAUAAAUAAAAACUAUUGUAAGAAACUGAGAGAAAAUAUACUUAAUUUUCAAAAACCAAAUACUCAUUUGAGGCUAAAUAUUUGAAUUUGAAAGUGCUUUUAACCCCUAAAAGUACUUUCACUAUGGUAGAAAGCACUCCCAGGCAUCACUUUAGUUGGGGUUUUUGUCUAUUUGAUUGCAGUAAAGUCUGAAGACUCUUAAGAGGGAACAAAAAAUGGGCAUUUUCUAAUGAUUGUGAAAAAUCAGUUUAUGAUGGUUUAUGGAACUAAUUUGAUUUAUAUGGUUAGGUAUUGACAUAAAGUUGACGUGUAAGCUUAAGAGGAGACCUGAGUUGAGGUAUUUAGUUAAGUCAAGGUCUAACUGCAGAGUAAUGGGGCAUUUUCGAGUGUCUUUGUUUGUGUUUAGUUUUUAUAUGGAUUUCAGACUCAUCUGCUUUCCAAACAUCCGUGCCCCUUUUGCUCCUUUGUGUUCUAACAUGCUUCAAUCUCUGCCAGUUUGGAAACUGAGAAAAUGUUGAUUCUUCAAGCCUCUUCCCUCUCAAUGUCGGUUUCACCUCAAUAUGCAGUUCAUAAUGCCUCUACUUUGCAACGAUUCUUAACAGUUCCUAUUGAAUGUCAGACUUUUAAGCCUUCUUGUUAUUCUAGAUAUCAUUCACACAGUAUUUUGCCAAACCUUGUACACUAUAGCUACAGCCGAAAACUUCCUUGCCUUGCUGUUUGGUCUAAAUCUAAUUCAGAACAUGAUCCUGAACCCAAUGCUGAUUCUAAAGUGAAACAAAAACCAAGAAGUCGCAGUAAGAGAAGCAAAGCUUUAGAAAAGGAGGAAGACAAUGAUGCUGGGAUUUUCCCAACAACAAUCCCAAGGAAGCCUCGACGUGGUCGUAGAAGUGAAGCUGCAGCUCUUGAAGAUUAUGUUCGCAACACACUUGAACAAACAUUUGCAUCAAUUCGACAGCAAAAUGCAGAAGUAAUGGAAAAUAAGGAAAAUGUAAUCAAGGAAAAGGUUGAUGACAAGGUCGAAUUUGAAAGUAGUGAUGAUGAAGAGGAGGACGAAGAAGAGGAGAUAGAACAAAGUGACGGAGCUGGAAGGAAUAAGAAGAAGAAGAUGGUGGUAGAGGAAGAAGAUCCAAAUUGGCCCCUGGAUGCUGAUGUCGGAUGGGGAGUUCGAGCAUCAGAGUAUUUUGAACAACACCCCAUCAAGAAUAUAGUUGGAGAUGAUGGUGUCGAAAUUGACUGGGAAGGGGAAAUCGAGGACAAUUGGGUGCAGGAAAUCAACUGUUUAGAGUGGGAGAGCUUUGCUUUUCAUCCUAGUCCACUUAUUGUUCUUGUUUUCGAAAGAUAUAACAGGGCAACUGAUAAUUGGAAGACUCUGAAAGAACUUGAGAAAGCAUUGCAAGUGUACUGGAAUGCAAAGGAUCGAUUACCACCCCGGUCGGUGAAGAUUGACAUCAAUAUCGAGCGAGAUCUAGCCUACGCUUUGAAAGUUAGAGAAUGCCCUCAAAUUUUAUUUUUAAGAGGAAACAAGGUCUUAUACAGGGAAAAAGACUUCCGAACAGCAGAUGAAUUGGUCCAGAUGAUUGCAUUCUUCUAUUACAAAGCAAAGAAGCCUUCAUGGAUCAAUGAUAAAGCUUUGUCUCGACCAUUUUGACCUCGAACUCGUCCUCCUAUUCGGACAUACUCUCCACGCACAGAGGAUUUAUAAACAUCAUGUAGGUAUGAUCUCAACCAACAAUAUAGUUUCGAAUACUAUACUGGAAUUUGUUCAAAUACAAACUAGUAUUGAGUUUAAAAUCAACAUGUGACAUAGCUCUAAGUAGUCGAGUAUUAGUAACUUUCCAUUUGACUACAUAAUUUUCUACAACUCACAUGAGUUGUAGGUUUGAAUUUUUUCAUUGUGUAAUGUAAUAUUGUGGAAAAGUAAUCCCGAACUGCCGUUUGCUAAAUUUCAUGACUUUCAUUGUGGGUUUCACGACUAA